AUGUCGCGAAUCCUCCUUCUCUGUUUUAUCCACGGGUUCAAGGGCAACGAUGACACCUUCGGCACUUUUCCAGCAGACCUCAAGACCACAGUCUCUGCCCAACUCCCUGAUCAUCGAGUGGAGUCUGUUGUUUAUCCCAAAUAUGAGACCAAAGGAGAAUUGUCUGAAUGCACGGCAGGGUUUCUGGACUGGCUGAAGGAGAGAGUAAUGGAGCUACGGAAGGCCCAUCUCGAGAAACCGUGGCCGCCAAAUGACAGAAACGUCGGAGUAAUCCUGGUUGCCCAUUCCAUGGGGGGAUUUGUGGCAAGUGAUUCUCUCUUCCGCAUUCUCAACGACCGAGCAGCCGAUGACAAUCAAUCCGGACCGAUAUUCCCGUUGAUUCAGGGUAUUCUGUCUUUUGACACGCCCUAUAACGGUCUCGCACGCUCAAUGUUUGUCUACGGCGCUUUUUCCAACUACCAAAAAGUGAGCAGCGUUUUCAAUGUCAUGACUGCUCUCUCCGCUGCUCCAGCUAGUCUCGGGCUGGCGCUGAAGCGCGGCGCAACCUCUAUCCCGGGCGCAAGCCGAGUCUCCAACCCUGCUUGGAAGACAUGGCAACUUGUAGCGGUCCGAACUGGUACCGUAGGUGCUAUAGCAGCCGGUGGAGUUGCAGCCUACGUUCACCGAAAGAAGAUUGUCGAGGGUGUGCAAAGUAUGAGGAAUUUGAACAAGCAGUCCGUCAUCGAGGGAUACCAGCAGGGAGUGGAUCGCCUAGGACAAGGACUCGCGUAUGUCAACCGAGGAAACGUCGGGCACUCGUUUGCCUGGCUCUCAGACCACUUCACCUUCGUCGGCGUUCUCAUGAAGCAGAAUGAACUGAACAGAAGACUAGAACGGAUGGCAGUCCUUCAAGGCGUCGGUAUCCACGACUUCUACGCAUCACUUGGCGAAAACGGCUACUGGAGCGGUGGACAUGUUGUCAAGAAUGCCGAGGAUGAAAUACAAGCUCAUAUGAGCAUGUUUAACCCUCUCAAGAAUGAAGAGUAUAGUGUCAUGAUGGAGCAGGCAGGGAAGCUGGUUGUCAAAUGGUUCAACGAUGACAUCGAGAUUGUCGACGACCCCAAGCUCGCACAGCCAGCUCCAGAAGAAGAGCCCGAAAAGGCUGUGAAAGCGACAACUGACGGUAUCGAGGUUGCAGACGAGAGCAGCGUUACGAAGGAUGAUGAUACCAAAACCAGCUCAGAGCUACCGGAUGAGUCGCCUGUCGAUAUUGCUGCUGCCGCCUCACUGGUCCCUCUGCCUGACGACAGCGAAGAAACUGUCGGCGAGGUAACUCCAGAUGAAAAGGAGAAGCAGACUUACAUGAGAUACCUCAUGGGUGUUGCUCAGCAGGCCGGAACCGGUAUUCAGCAGGCUGGUACAGGGCUAAAGGGUUUAAUCCCCUCAAAGCUUCCUAAUGUGGAAAGCUUUGGCAAGCCGAACAUGCCCAACGUCAGUCUCCCGAGCGUCAGCAUGCCGAGCGUAAGUCUAUGGGGAAAGAAGCAGGAAUCAAAUGUCUCAGAUACAGCUGCUCAAGAACAGAAGCCGGUGGGAGGCUCGGAAGCCAAGACAGAUGCGGCACCGGCCAGCUCUGACAAAGAGGAGACAAUCCUAGAAAGUUCGAAGUAG